CUUCAGCCUUACCGCCCCGAGGCACUGCAUCUCCGGUAGCCAUUAUGCCGACGGGUGUCAGUGCGGCAGCCGGCGUGUCCCUUGCCAUGACAGCGGUACCAAUGCCGUCGCAUGUCCAUCUGCUGGCCGGAAGCGGUUGCCAACCGACGGCAAUGACGCCCAUUUCGCCCACAGCCGCAGCACCCACAGUCCUCACACAGCCGCACAGCCUCAGUCCAGCCGCACCAAUGAUGGCCCAAGGAACACCACCCACAGGCACUUUGGUGGGUGGCAUCUAUGGCAAUGCACCUGCCACAGCCACAGCCACAGCCAACGCCAAUGCCAAUGCCAGCAAUCUCAAUGCCUUGGCCUCGCAGCAUCGCUUGCUGGAACUCUCCCGCUUUGGCCUGCGAGGAUAUGAUCUGGCGCAGCAUAUGCUCUCCCAGCAAGGAGCCGUCUCCAAGCUGUUAGGCACUCUGCGUCCACCGGGCCUCAUAGGCGGCUCGAAGCCCAAGGUGGCCACGCCAACAGUUGUCUCCAAGAUCGAGCAAUACAAGCGCGAGAAUCCAACAAUAUUUGCGUGGGAAAUACGCGAGCGAUUGAUCAGCGAAGGUGUCUGCACCAAUGCCACCGCCCCCUCGGUGAGCAGCAUCAAUCGGAUUCUGCGCAAUCGCGCCGCUGAGCGUGCCGCUGCGGAGUUUGCCCGCGCUGCCAGCUAUGGCUACGCCCUGCACCCCACACAUCCGCAUCCGUACACGAGUUUUCCCACUUGGCCCGGGCAUCAUCCGCUGUGGGGUGCGGUGCCGCUGCCAGGGAGCAGCAACAGCUAUGGCAGUGAGGCUGCCAACUCCCACAACUCCCACAGCAACAACACGAACAGCGGCAGCGCCUGCGGGGAGAGCAGCGCGGGCAGUGGGCGGCUGUCCUUGCCGGCCAUGUCCCCGGAUUCGGGCAGCAGGGAGAGUCGCAGAAGCAGCCGCAGUCCGGAGCUGGAUGUGGAGGCCAACCGUGUGAUUGACAUCGAGGGUGAGGACAGCGGCGAAUCGCAGGACAGUGACCAGCCCAAGUUUCGGCGCAAUCGCACAACCUUCAGCCCCGAGCAGCUGGACGAACUGGAGCGGGAGUUCGAGAAGUCGCAUUAUCCAUGUGUCAGCACCCGCGAGCGGCUGGCGGGCAGAACGGCGCUGAGCGAGGCGCGGGUGCAGGUUUGGUUUUCCAACAGACGAGCGAAAUGGCGCCGCCAUCAGCGUGUCAACUUGAUGAAGCAGCGCGACAGCGAGACAUCGCCAACGCCCAUGCCAGCUGGAGGAGCAACGUCCGAGCUUGGUCCACAGAAGCCACCGGAGCAAAGGCGUCCCCACAGCAGCAGCAACAGCAGUCCCAGCACUUGCCACAACCACCAAGAGCUGGCAGCGGCACCUCCUGCCUCAACCACAGCAUCAGCUCCAUUAUCAAUGGGCGGUGAGAACAGCGCUUUCCGCACGCUGCCCAUGACUAUGCCCCUGCCCCUGCCCCUGCCCCUGCCCGUGCCCCAAGCCUCAGCGGCAGCUUUUGCACUGAACUUUGCGCGCCAGUACAUAGCCAAGUACAUGGCCACGCCGCAGAUGAGUCUGCAAACAGAGGAGCAGCGGCAGGAGCUAGAGGACGAUGAGGAGAUCAAUGUGGAGCAGCAUGAUGCAGAGCAGGCGGCCUAGACCAGAGUUAUCCUACAGAGUGAUGAGCCAUGGAACGCCAUGGAGGAGAGUGCCCGCUGGGAGCUCCUUCUGUCGCUUCCAAAAGGUCAAAUAUUUAGUGCAAUUUUUUACAUAAUUUA